AUGCCAAGAGUAGCUAUCAUCAUUUACACACUAUACGGGCAUGUUGCUGCCACAGCUGAGGCUGAAAAGAAGGGUAUCGAAGCCGCUGGUGGCUCUGCUGAUAUUUAUCAGGUUGAGGAAACUUUGUCUCCGGAAGUUGUCAAGGCCCUUGGUGGUGCCCCAAAGCCAAAUUAUCCAAUUGCCACCCAAGAUACAUUAACUGAAUAUGAUGCUUUCCUGUUUGGUAUUCCAACCAGAUUCGGUAACUUCCCUGCUCAGUGGAAGGCCUUCUGGGACCGUACUGGUGGAUUAUGGGCAAAAGGUGCUCUACAUGGUAAGGUCGCUGGUUGCUUCGUCUCCACGGGAACUGGUGGUGGUAAUGAAGCUACUAUCAUGAACUCUUUAUCUACUUUGGCUCAUCAUGGUAUUAUUUUUGUCCCAUUGGGUUACAAGAAUGUUUUUGCCGAGUUGACUAAUAUGGAUGAAGUUCAUGGCGGUUCCGCAUGGGGUGCAGGUACCAUUGCUGGAAGUGACGGUUCAAGGUCUCCUUCCGCCUUGGAAUUGCAAGUACACGAAAUUCAAGGUAAGACCUUUUACGAAACCGUUGCAAAGUUUUGA